AAGAUAUGGUAUUGAAAUUCAAUAUUCAUUCAAUUGUAAACUGAUUCCAGUAUUGAAUACAUUUGCAAUCAUUUAUUAUAUGCAUUAUUAUUCAUCAUUUAUACAAAUAUCAAAUGCAAACACAAUUGCAUUGAGUCUAACAUCACGUAGAAUUCACAUCAAUAUUACAGUUAUUUACAAAUUUAAUGUCAAUUAAAAACUUGUUAAUUGUGUGAAAGUCUGUGAAAGCGAUCCCAAAGACAAGACAUGCCUCACAUCGAAGAAGGAGUGAAAUUGGAUUUCAAAGAUGUCUUAUUAAGACCUAAACGAUCGACGCUUAAGAGCCGUUCAGAUGUCGAUCUGAACCGAAGUUAUCACUUCAAGAAGUCGGGUCAGGAAUACACUGGCGUUCCGUUGAUUGCGGCCAAUAUGGACACAAUCGGCACAUUUGAGAUGGCAUUGGCUCUCAAUAAGCAUAACUGUUUCACAGCUAUUCAUAAACACUACACCAUUGAAGAGUGGACUGAUUUCGCCGCCAAAAACCCAUCAGUAUUACGGAAUGUUGCGGUGAGUUCUGGCACCGGAAGCGGCGACUUUGACAAACUGAAGGACAUCUUGAAGAAUAUUCCGGACGUGAAGUUUAUAUGUCUGGAUGUGGCGAACGGCUAUUCCGAGCAUUUCGUGGAGUUUGUCAAACAGAAUAUUCCGGACGUGAAGUUUAUAUGUCUGGAUGUGGCGAACGGCUAUUCCGAGCAUUUCGUGGAGUUUGUCAAACAGGUUCGCAACGCUUUCCCGACGCACACAAUAAUGGCCGGCAAUGUUGUGACGGGAGAGAUGGUGGAGGAGUUGAUUCUGGCGGGCGCUGACAUAAUCAAAGUGGGUAUCGGUCCGGGAAGUGUCUGCACCACUCGCAAGAAGACGGGCGUCGGGUAUCCGCAACUGUCGGCAGUGCUCGAGUGUAUGGACGCCGCGCACGGACUCGGAGGCCAUAUAAUAUCAGACGGCGGCUGCACGUGUCCGGGCGAUGUGUGCAAAGCGUUUGGCGCGGGCGCCGACUUUGUGAUGUUGGGCGGAAUGCUUUCCGGUCACGACCAGUGCGGCGGCGAUGUUGUCGUCAAACCCAACGGCAAGAAAGUGAAGCAAUUCUAUGGUAUGAGUUCGUCGACUGCGAUGAACAAACAUCACGGAGGGGUCGCAGCGGAAUGCUUUCCGGUCACGACCAGUGCGGCGGCGAUGUUGUCGUCAAACCCAACGGCAAGAAAGUGA